CAAUUGAUAUUGUUUCUACUAUGAAUUUGAUGUUCUGUUCAUCUCAAACGCUUUGUUGUUUGAUUGGUUUCUCAAAGGAAUUAAGAUUGGUGCGUAGAGAAUUCGGAAAAAAUGACGAGCAUGAAGAACACACAGCUCACAGUUCUACAAGAUCAGGAUCUGGAAGAAAUUCUCCACUCGCCAUCAGACAGCAGCCCAAAAGUUUACUGUUACCUAAAUAAGCCGAAGUAGAUAACAUUUGACUGCACUAAGUUGGCUGCUCUCUCAAGCGUCUGAUGAACAAUAUAAUAUUCUUAUAUUUGUUGAAUGAUUGGAAUUUGUUAUGAUCUAUAAAAGUAGUUGCACCGAAUGGCAGUCUAGCUGGUUAAAUAAUUUUGGAAUGUUCUUGCUAUGGUUGUAAUCUUUAAAUCGAGCGAUGUAUAUAUUUUACCUUAACGAUCAAGAGAAAAGGGACCAAAUUCGUCGGCAGCGUGAUUUUUGCGCGGCUUGCAAAGCGGAAAAGAGUACUUCAAAAUCGGUAACCGAGUGUGAAAUAAGUACUUCAAACAAGGAGGCGGACGGUAGAAAUAAACAUGAAACAUUUUCCCAGUAAAUAUUUUUCAUAAAUUUGGAUUUAUGGCCAUGAAGAUGGUGUUACAAAUUGACCUUUUUACUCUUAAUUUUAUCGUCAUCUUUCACGAGAUAAAAGCUACAACACUGCUCCUCAAAUGUCAUUAAAGCAAAAUGCAAAUGAUAGGUUUUCAAGCUUCACUAAGUCACUGGCUCCAAUCAACAGCCUCCUCUUGGACUUUUUGUAAUUUCAAUAUCAAGAGGUCUUUCCACGUCAAGUUGUUCUUACGACAAAGUUGCACGUACAUGUUUGCCUCGUAAGAACUUAGCUACUGCUGAGACAGCUUUUAAAAGAAAGGUAGUUUGGAACAUUCGGUAAGCAAUAAGUCUGCAUUUGUAUGAUGACACAGAACCUAACUGAAUUUCUAUUUAAGUAUCACCAUAAUGGCAUUGAUUUGCCUUUGGCCUGAUUAUGUUCCUUAAGUUCUCAAAUAUCAUGCAAUGCACUUUGUUGUUCCUUCUUCUGACUUCUUCCUUAUCUGCUAAAAAUAACGGAACAACAGAGUCGGCAGAUCUUUGACCUGAAAAUAGCUUCUGUAAGAGACAUUUCAUGUUUUCAAAUGCAAAUGCAAAGCACAGUUUUUUAAUUCCAUGGCACAAUGCGCUUGUUUAAUAACGCUUUCGAGAUAUUUUUAGGCAGAUUUAUGAAAUCGUUUUUGUUAGUACCGUCGCGACAUAAAAUUGGACGCAAGUAUUAAUAGUGAUUGACUCGGGUCACUCACAGAGGGAGGAGAUAAAUGAGUUAACAAGAAAUCAACAUUUGAACUGUAUUCGAUCAAUGGCACGUAAUGACGAUCAAAAAAGGAAAUACGAAUUUCUGGCAUAUUACUGACUUUCCAUUUUUUUAAUAAAUUAUGUCAAAUUAUAUAAAGGAUCUUGAACAAAUAAUCAUAAGAAUUCACAUUUUUUAUGUCGUAUAAUUGAUAAAUCGAAAAUUCCUUUCAUUAUUGAAAGGGAACCUGAAUUUCCCACAGCGCUGAUUAUUCAUUCAUCUACAUCCGCAAAGUAUAAACGUGCGUCAGUCAACGCAGAAACAUCCCACUUGUUUACACACCCUGUUCUCGACUUCCGCUCUGUAAAUAAUAAAUUUGCUUUCAGUCGUCAAACAAAUUUUCGGGUGCACUCAAAGUUCAAUCAAAUUCACCAACUCGGCUAAAAUCCAGUCAAGCUGAAGACAAAGCGAGUGUUCUGAUUGACGCCAGGAAAGCAGUGUUCAGCAUUUUAUUUUUGCGUCUCAUUUCUUAAAAUUCAUUUGGACAUGAAGGAGAUGUCCACGGUAGAAAUAUUGAAGAUUUGGAAAGAUGGCGUGACUUUUAUGGAGAAGGGCAACUACGAAGAGGCACUAAAAAACUUUAUGGCUCUAGAAGGAAGGACUGAUUCUUCACAGCAACUGAUCACUUCGGGCAGAAAUCUGUUUAACAUUGGACAAAUGUAUCUGGCCCUUGGAAGAAUGGAAAUGGCCGCACAGGCAUUUGAAGAGUCAAUAGCAAAAGACCCAAUGAUGGCGAUCGCCCAUUAUACCUUGGGAAGCGUCAAUUUGGCUUUAGAUAGAAAUGAAAGAGCCUUAAAGAACUUUAGUGACGCUGCUUUAUUUCUUCGUGGAAACAAAUUGAUAAAGUAUGAUCAAUUAGGCUUGAAGGUUAACCUUUACUUAUGUGAGGUUCUAGCUAACAGGGCCGUUGCUCAGUCCAGAUUAAAGAAUGCCGAAGAAGCCAAGAAUGAUUUUUUGAUGGCCUUACAAUUCAAGAUGGAGCCACGACAAAGCGUCAUUCAGGACCUUCUUCUUUGCUGGCAGUCUGGAAAGAGUGUAGAGCCUCUUAAGAUGCCAUCGCCAUCUGUUUUCAAACCUUCAAAAGGAGCCACUGAUGCUAUAAACAAAGAACAUAAAUUCAUGGAGAAAUCCAAGGUCGUUGCUGAGGUUCAAGUUAGAAGUUUCCCUGGCCCACGAACUACACCAGCUAAGCCCCAACCGAUUCGUUCCCCACCUUGUUCUCCGAACCUCUCAAAAGCUGUGGCAGAUGAAUCUCUUUCCGAACAGCACCUCCCUCAAGCAGCUUAUGUGAAAUCCACAAGAGAUGCACUGCUAAGCGACUUACGGAAAAACGAAACAGUCACAUCUAGGAAGGAACCUCCCAAUAAACCGCUCCCCGUUGUACCUGACUUUGUAGACAGCCCUCAACAGUCGCCGCGUGCUUCUCCUACUCCGAGAUUUCCGAGAUCUGAUUCUGGAUAUCUUUCACCCCGAUCUUCAGCAAAGAGUUCAAAGAGUGGAUCUAGGCCAGUAACUCCACCGGAAAAUUCCCGACCACGGACUCCUGUUGAAAUGGGACCUCCCUCCAAGCCCCUCCCGCCUACCCCAAGAUCAAAAAGCCCAAGCCCCAUUCCAUCGCGAGUGCCCGCUGAGCCUAGAAAAACACGUGACGUCGAAUUGGUUUUCACACAAUCUAUUAAGGUGGACGAGUCAGUUUCAACCGUGGAACUUUUGAAAGAGGCGGCUGCUGCUUUCAAGCUACCUGAAAAUUCAUUUGCACUUUGGUGCAUGAAGGACAACCAGCUCACAGUUCUACAAGAUCAGGAUCUGGAAGAAAUCAUCCGCUCAUCGUCAGACAACAGUCCUCAAGUUUUCUGCUACGAAAACAAACCAGAGUGAAUGAGUUUCGACUCGAAUUUUCAAUAGCGGAGGGGCUUUGAUCGAUACAUGCCUCGUGGAAAGUCCGUUUUAGAAGAACAAGUAAAAACUUUGCGCUGAACUCACUGACUUGUUUUGAUCUCACUGAUAUCGAAAUACAGAUCUUGAAACCCUGA